AUGGCACAUAUAAUUAACACAGCGCGUACCAAGCAACGAUCUAUAGUUAUUACAUUACUCGAUCUUAAAAAUGCAUUUGGCGAAGUCCAUCAUAACCUCAUUUACGAAGUCCUUGAUUAUCAUCACGUUCCUAAUCACAUAAAGAACCUUAUCUGCAGUCUUUACACUGAUUUCCAAACUUCCAUCUUAACCGAACAGUUUAACACCCCCUUCAUUACAGUCGGUCGUGGCGUUCUUCAAGGCGAUUGUCUCAGUCCACUUUUAUUUAACAUGUCAUUCAAUACUUUCAUACAACAUAUUAAAUCUGAAAAAUACCGUCAGCUUGGUUUUUGGAAAUUAAGUGAAGUUGGCAUUCCGUGCAAUCCUAUACAUUGGUUUCAGUUUGCAGACGAUGCUGCUGUCAUCAGUAGCCAAGAGAAAGAAAAUCAAAUGCUCCUUAAUCGUUUUACAAUCUGGUGUCAAUGGGCUAAUAUGAUUAUACGCGUUGACAAAUGUUCAACAUUUGGCAUUAAAAAACACUUAACUAAAUCUAUCCAGUAUUUGCCCAAGCUUUUCGUUAAUAACGAUCUUGUACCCAGAACCGAAAUGGGCAAAUCUUUCCGUUACUUAGGUCGCUAUUUCGAUUUCAAUAUGUCUGAUGAGGAACACAAAUCGGAAUUACUCGACGUGUUUAAUGACAUCAUGAAUAAAAUUAAUGAACUACCUUUACACCCGAAAAAUAAAAUUCUUACUUGCUGUCAAAGAUAUCCUGGGACUUCACUGUUUCUGAUAUAUCUAAGACCUGGAUCUGCGAAACGUUAG